AUGGCCAAGGAAGCCCCCGCCCGCACUGGUCUGGCCACUGGCCUGAACCACGGUCACAAGACCACCGCUCGCGUUGUCAAGCCCCGUGUCUCCCGCACCAAGGGCCACCUCAGCAAGCGCACCUCUUUCGUCCGUGACGUCGUCAAGGAGGUUGCCGGCCUCGCUCCCUACGAGCGCCGUGUCAUCGAACUCCUCCGCAACUCCAAGGACAAGCGUGCCCGUAAGCUCGCCAAGAAGAGGCUCGGUACCUUCGGCCGUGCCAAGAGAAAGGUCGAGGAGAUGACCCGCGUCAUCGCCGAGUCCCGCCGUGUCGGUCACUAA